GGGGAAUUCCGACACAAUGGCCGACUCGCUCGACUCCAUCGUCAAAGGCGCCCCGGUCACCCUCCCGGGGCAGGACCCCGCCAAAGUCGUCGGCGGCACCACCCCGAUCGGGUCCUCCGAUUCCCCGCCGGCUUCGGGCAAGAUCGGCGACCCUCUCUCACACACGCCGAGCUCCCCCUCGAUGAUCUACCUCAACCUGCUCAUCCUCGAAGCCUCCCUGCGCGCCCAGUACCUCGAGCUGCGCGCCCGCCGCCGCCACCACACCUUCUUCCUGACCCUGCUGACCCUGUGGACCGCCUUCUUCGGCUACGCCCUCUUCUUCGCCCCGCGCGAGGACGGCCGCGGAGUCGGCGGCAGCGUCUACUGGGUCAUCGAGACCACCGAGCACAUGUGCUUCCUCGCCGGCAUCAUCACGGGCCUGCUCGUCUGGGCCACGGGCAUCUGGGAGCGCGGCGUGCGCUGGCCCAGGCGGUGGCUCGCCGUCUCCAACCGCGGCCUGCGCGGCUUCAACUGCAAGCUGGUCGUCCUGAAGCGGCCCUGGUGGAAGGAGGCCCUCAGCACGAUCGGCUGGUUCCUGACAUACGGUCUCUUCUCGGAUAACGGGAGCUCGUACCGCUGGGUGGAGCCGUCUCUGCUGAGAGAGGUGGACAGGGAGCUGAACCUGACACGGGAAAGCCACCCGGCGGUGCACGUCAACAACCGGGACGAGGAGAGGGGCGGCCACGAGGAGGACUUGGCUCCCGGCGGAGACUACGUCAAGCUUCUGCUGCUGGCCAAGCCGUUUUCGCCCACGUUUAGGGAAAACUGGGAGUUCUACAGGGCGGAAUACUGGGAGAAGGAGAACGAGCGGCGCGCCCUGCUGCGGGCCAAGCUCAAGGAGCGGGAUCGCAAGCUGAGCAAGCAGAAGGGAGGCUGGUUCUGGUGGCUUCCCGGACGGAGGGUGGCCGAUAAGCCCCCGGCGACCUCUCACGAGAAGGCUCACCACCCGCGGCAUGCGGCUGUGGCCGGCGAGCACAGGCGGACGAGGAGCGGCAGCGCGAGCACCCGCCGGGGGAGUGUGUCGUCGGGCAUGUCGGGCAUGCACGGGCCGCGAACCCCCGCGUCCAAGAUCGACGGGGAAGACCAUCCUGGCAUCGCGCGCAAGGGGAGCUCCUCCUCCGAUGCUUCGGACAAAAAGCGCAAGAAGCUGACUGCCGGGGCAAAGAGCCGGCCGCCCCGUGUGGAAUCUCGCUCCGCGACACCCGAGACGCCGUCGCCAUUGGCCAAGGAAAGCACUCCGAAAGCAGACAGUCAAACUCCAUAGAGAAGGCUGUUGCUGUCGUUGUCCGAAGCCUUUUCUGUUGUUGUUGUUGAUGUUGUCCUUUUUCUUUUUCAAAC